GUACUUUCCUGGGAUGGCAUACAUCAACUGUCGAUGGAGAACUUCCGCGGCCUAGCACGCACAGCACUGGAAGCGGCCAUCGCUCGCUGCAAACGCUUGAUGUAUGAAUGGGAGCCUGAUGAGAUUGACCUGAGACAUAUCCGAGACAGAAUCUCUACGACGACACAGGGAUACUCCUUUGUUACAGACCCAGCGAAUGGUCUAGAGGGCCUACAUCUGGACCUCUUUAUGAGGGCAUGUAUCUCCCCUAUCGAUGGCCUAUUGAAGACGCAGUCCAAGCGUGAAAGCACGUGGGACUUUCCAUCGGCCCAGGCAUAUCUUGUUGCACAUGAUGAUCUUCUCAGAACACUGAUGGUACUUAUGAACCUCGAUGGUGGCCAGCAGUGUGUCCAUCAACCAAGUAAAGCAAAAUUUGGACCCUCUACUUGACUUGGUUGAUGGGAC